CAGACUACAUGCAGUGUGCUGAGGACCACCAGACAGUACUUGUGGUGGUCCAGCCGGUUGGCAUCGUUCCCGAGGACCAGUUCUUCAAGAUCUACAAGCGCAUUGCCAGCGUGAGCCAGGUGAUCAUCAGGGAAUCCCAGCGCCUCCUCAUCCGCUACCGCCACCACUACCUGCCUGAAAACAACGAGUGGGGUGACUUCCAGACACACCGCAAAGUGGUGGGCCUCAUCUCCAUCACCACAUGCGCCACGUCCAAGGAGUGGCCCCAGACGGCCGAGCGCUUCCACGGCCAGAAGGAGGUGUACAGCGCCACGCUGUACGACUCACGGUUACUGGUAUUUGGGCUGAGUGGGGAAAUUACCGAGCAGCAGCGCACGGACGUGGCCUUCUAUCCCAGCUUUGAAGAGUGCUCUGAUGUGGAGAAGAGAGUGGAGGACUUUGUGGAGUCCAUAUAUAUUGUCCUGGAGUCCAAGCGGCUUGACCGCGCUACAGAUAAAUCCGGUGACAAGAUCCCCCUGCUCUGCGUGCCCUUUGAGAAGAAGGACUUUGUGGGUUUAGACACGGACAGCAGGCAUUAUAAGAAACGAUGCCAGGGACGGAUGAGGAAGCACGUUGGGGACUUGUGUCUCCAGGCAGGCAUGCUGCAGGACGCGCUGGUCCACUACCACAUGGCUGUGGAGCUGCUCAGGGGAGUUAAUGACUUCCUCUGGCUAGGUGCUGCACUGGAGGGUUUAUGCUCAGCCUCUGUCAUAUUCCACUACCCUGGAGGCACAGCGGGGAAGAUGAUGGGGCGCAAACAGAGUAUCUCCCAGCCACUAGAUGCAGGGAAACGUCACAGAGCAGGGGCUCAGGAGGUUCUCAUUGAUCCAGGAGCCCUCACAACCAACGGCAUUAGUGCGGACACCAGCACUGAGAUUGGACGAGCAAAGAACUGCCUGAGUCCUGAGGACAUUAUUGAGAAGUACAAAGAGGCCAUCUCCUACUAUGGAAAGUACAAGAACGCAGGUGUCAUCGAGCUGGAGGCCUGUGUGAAAGCAGUCAGGGUGCUGGCUAUUCAGAAGAGGGCCAGAGAGGCUUCCGAUUUCCUGCAGAAUGCCGUUUACAUCAACCUGGGACAGCUGUCGGAGGAAGAGAAGAUCCAGCGCUACAGUAUCCUGUCUGAGCUCUAUGAAUUGAUUGGAUUCCAUCGAAAAUCAGCUUUUUUCAAGCGUGUCGCUGCAAUGCAGUGUGUAGCUCCCACCAUCCCAGAGCCUGGCUGGAGGGCCUGCUACAAGCUGCUGUUGGAGACAUUGCCUGGGUACAGCCUGUCACUUGAUCCUAAAGACUUCAGCAAAGGUACCCACAGAGGCUGGGCUGCUGUACAGAUGCGCCUCCUGCAUGAACUGGUUUACGCCUCCCGUCGCAUGGGCAACCCGGCCCUGUCUGUGCGCCACCUGUCCUUCCUGCUGCAGACCAUGCUGGAUUUCCUGUCUGAUCAAGAAAAGAAAGAAGUCACCCAGAGUCUGGAGAACUACACCUCCAAGUGUCCUGGUGGAAUGGAGAUUAUCACCCUUCCCGAUGGCUUGAAGCUACCUCCAGUGCCCUUCACAAAGCUCCCUAUUGUUCGAUCUGUGAAGCUCCUUAAUCUGCCCGUCAGUCUGCGGCCCCAUAAAGUGAAAGGCCUGCUGGGACAGAAUAUAUCCAAUGCUAGCCCUUUCAUCUACUCACCAAUUAUCAUGCACAACAGAGGAGAGGAGCGUUGUAAGAAAAUAGAUUUCCAGUGGGUUCAAGGGGAUGUUUGUGAAGUGCAGCUCAUGGUCUACAACCCAAUGCCUUAUGAACUGCGUGUAGAAAACAUGGGUUUGCUGACCUCUGGAGUAGAAUUUGAAUCUCUGCCUGCAGCGCUGUCUCUGCCUGCGGAGUCUGGCCUGUACCCCGUUACUCUGGUUGGCGUCCCACGUACAGCCGGGAACAUUACUGUCAACGGUUACCACACAUCGGUGUUUGGUGUAACCAGCGAUUGCCUGCUGGAUGGCCUGCCUGGUGUGAAGACUAGUGGCUGUUUAGUGGAGGUCAUUCCCGCUCUUCCUCGCCUCCAGCUCCAGACAUCACUGCCACGGUCAGCCUACACACCUCACCCCAUGUCCAAAGAAGAGCUGUCUACCUCCGUGUCUGUCCAGCUGUUCAACGGAGAGACGCAGCAGUUGACCAUCACCUUAGAGAACAUUGGAUCUGAGGACAUAGAGACUUUAGAGCUCACCUCUAAGAUUGUCAGCACCAAAGAAAAAGUGUUUGGGGAAUUUCUGAGCUGGGAGUUGGAUGAGGCAUUGUCUCACCUGCCUCUAAAGCCGGGCCAGUCUGUGACACUGACUGUCAACAUCAAAGUCAAGCUCGACUUCUCCGGCCAGGAAAACCUGCUGCAGGACCUCAACGAUGAUGGAAUCAGUGUGACGGGGUUACCAAUCUCCAGUCCCCUCCGCCAAGUCCUCAAACCCAGGGCUGAAACCAAGCCCGUCGGCAGCGAGUCCAGCAAGGCUGAGUACAGCCACAUUAAGACUUUGGAGGCAGUGCUGAACUUCAAGUACUCUGGGGGAGCAGGCAAAGUGGAGAGCUACUACAGGGAGUUGUCUUUGGGUGUCCAUGUUGAUGUGGAACCUUCAGUGUUUUUUACCCGAGUCAGCACCCUCCCUGCUACCAGCACUCGCCAUUGUCAUCUACUGCUCGACAUCUUCAACCCAACUGAGCACGAACUCACUGUCAGGGCCAAGAACAAUCAGGACCUGGUUCUCCAUGCCAGCGAAUGCCAGAGGAUGGCCAUCCAGGUGGACAAGUUUGACUUUGAGAGUCUGCCACAGCCGGACCAAGAAAGCGUUCGCUUCAGUAACCCCAAACAGCUGGAGGAGGAGCGACAGCACGCCCAAGGCUGUCAGAUCAACAGCAAGCUGGGCAUCUGUUGGAGCAUUCCAUCUCUGCGCCGCUGUGGAGAAGCCAGCGUUGAGGGAGUCCUCAAUCAGCUGGUCCUGGAGCACCUGCAGCUUGCUCCUUUGCAGUGGGAUGUGUUGGUGAAUAAGAAACCAUGUGACUGCGAUGUCAUCGCCGACUGUAAAGUGGGGGAUGCUGUGAGCCUGGAAGUAAAACUGACCAAUCGCAGCAAGAAUUCAGUGGGGCCCCUGGCUCUGAACGUGGUGCCAUAUCAGGAUUAUCAGAAUGGAGUCCAGAACUACGAUCUGGAGGACGGAGUCACCUUCAUCGGCUCCAACACCUUCUACAUUGAUACGGUUAAACCCAACGAAAGUACUGUAUGUGAGGGUGCCCUGCUUUUCCUUUACACCGGGGAUUUCUACCUUAAUAUCAAAUUCCAGGACGACAGCGCUGGACGAGAGCUUCCUUUGGCCUGGUUCACUCUGCCCAGCGUCCACAUCAGAGCCCUUGACACUCCACCACAGGCCGGGGCCUAAGGACUUCAAGGUCAUAGACCUGACCAAGAGAUCGGGCGUUUUGUUGCUGUUAUAUGUAAAUACAGUAGCAUUAUAAUGAAUUGACAUAUGAAUAUCAUUUUGGUAAAUGUUUCUGCAUUUGUAUAGUUAACACAACAUGUGUGCUUGGGGUGAAUAAAAACAAAACACACAAUCUGACCUGCAAAUUUGCGCGGGGUAAUGUCAGGUAAAAUCCUAUUCUCCAUCCUUUCUGAGUGCAGAGUCACCGACUUUCACAACAACAAAGGCAGACAAAGUAAAUCGGCUCAUGUUUCCUGGUUAAGACAACACAGCAAGUCACACUGUUAACCAGCAGCAACACAUGCUAACAAUGUUGAUCACUGAGGAAGCAAGCUAGCUAACCUCAAAUACAGGAAGUCAUCUUAUUAGCUGUGCAGCAGCAUCUGAUUUUAUGUAGCCCUGAUUUGUCAGACUGUGGAUUGCUCUGUAAUACACAUACUGUGGUGUUGGUUGUCAGUUGUACGGUAAGAGGGAGUAAGUGUGCUCAUGUUUUCAUAUUGUCCGAAAAAUCAAGCUGGUUUGUUAAGUGGGUGCAUGCGAACCAAAGUUAGCCUGCUUUUUUAGCCCAUGGGGGUCAACUGGGGGAUAUUUGGACCAACACUUCCUGUUCUGUACCAGCCUCAAUUUUAACAAAGGCUGAUGCAUUAAAGAAGGCUGAUAAAAUAUAAUAUGAAAACCUGAGCACACUUAUAUCUGAGCAUUGCCAGCGGUUUCAAGAUCCACUGUUUACUUGCACACAGCCACAGUCUGCUCACAAAGCCUGCUGUUCCUGGCCUGCACAUUCAGCAUAUUCAUAGGAGACAUGGCUGCUAUAUGAGAAGAAGGUGACCUUGAACAAAAGUUUAACUUGAGAAUGGUUUUGAUUUUCUCACCUCAUAAACUGGCUGGUUAGAAGCAGCCUGCUGGAUAAGCCACAGGAAGGUAGCGCAAGACUCAACAAGGACGUGCAAAACAAUGCUAGUGCUUUCUUUAGUUAUUAUUACUACAGUGCCAAAUUCUGGGUUUAGCCAAGAGUGAACACUGAAACUGUUUCCACUGCUGUAUGGACUUACCUCAGCCUGUAUCAGUACACUGAAUUAUGGAUUUGAGUCUCUUAGAUUAGGCCCAUUGUGUGUGACUUAUGAUAGCUGUAAAUAAAUGUUAAAAGAAGACGACUAUUGUUCAUUUGGGCAUCAUUUUCAUUUGUCUAUCCAAGCCGUUAAAUAUUUGUGCUGAUCUUCAUUUAUCGUGCCCACUGAGGUGACCUUUACUAUAACAGCUUCUUGUGGAUGCUCAAUUCUGACAUUUACAUUCUUCAAAAUCCAUAAACUGCAAUUAGAGAGAGAAAUAUUAGAGAGUAAUAAUCAUUUUUAAUGUUGAAUUAAUGCUGGAACAAGCAGCCAAACACCGUGUUGUUGACCAGUGAUAGCUUGCAGGAUGUUUGCGCACUUUGAGUUAUACACAGCAUAUUUAUAGCCUGUGACUGAGUAGCAGCUACACUGACACUCACCACAGUGUACAUUUCUGUGUUUUAAUGCUCAUUGAUGCACUGGGAGUUACCCAGAGCACUGCUAAUAGAGUCCAUUUGAAAACUGUUUUCCAGUAACAGUUGAAUUUCUGCAACCUGUCAGGUUACUACAGGUCCCAGCGGAGUCUGAAAAGAAGGCUAAUAACAAGCUCUCCCACCACCUGACACUGAAACUGUACACCAUGAAAGAGUCUGUAUUCAUAUAAAGUUGUAGACUGUAAAGAUGCAGGUUUUGUAGGUGUGUUUUAAUGGACUUCUUUUUAUUUUAGUGCUGUGAUGUUUUCUCCUGCAUACAAUGCAAACAGUUACAAACUCAUGCUCCCUGUACUGAUGAGUUUA